AUGACUAACAAGUUCGUAAAGAUUCUCUUACGCUUCACAACUACGGAUGAGCCCAUAUGUCGUAAUUUGAUAGAUCAAUUCACUCAAAAAUUGAAAAUGUCUGCCAAGUUUUGGGAAGAGCAUUUAUUUUACCAAAUAAAUAACGUUAUCCAAUUGCCAGACAGCAUUGAGUUGCAAUUGAAAUGCCAAAUUCUUAAUUCGGAGAAGAUCGAUUACCUGUUGCGGAAACCAUUAGAAAAUGUGACAGGAAAUAAGUACUCGAUAUGUUUUAAUAUUGUGCAAAAACUGCAGAUAAAUAUUGACAUUUCUCUUUUCAGAGAAGUAACUUUAGAAAAUAUAACGACAACUUUCAAUCAAUAUUUUGUUUCGUUAUUAGCAUCCCAGCUGGAAUUGAAGUUUCCAUUUGUCUUUUCUAAACUUGCGCGAUCCAGGUUAAAAGCACAGGAAGAUGAUCUUUCCCCGCUAUCACAAUGCAUAAUUGGUUCAGCAGCCCUCCUUCCAAAUCUACUUAUGACGAUGCAACGUGAUACUACUGCAACGAUAGUAUAUCAAUUACUUGCGGGCGGUGGAAAAGCUAAUUUCAUUAACUUUCAUUUUGCUUAG